UGGGGGUGGGAUAGGAGGUUUCUAGGGGCAUGGGGUAGGGAACUGCAAAAGGGGAUAACAUUUGAAAUGUAAAUAAAGAAAAUAUUCAAUAAAAAAAGAAACAAACAAACAAACAAAAAAAAAACAAAGAGAGAGAGAGAAAAAAAAGUUUUAAAAUAAAAUGUAAAACCUUUUACCAAAACGGUAUUUUAAAUGUAUAAUUACUUAGGACGGGCUCUCCGUUCUCGACAAAGUCCCAGUUUCGGAAACAUCAGACUUGCUAGAAGACCCAAGUAAAGACUCCUAUAAAGGAAUGUAUACAUAUAUUGCCCCAGAUUUCCUAGGGUAAGUAUAGCAGGUCUUAAGUGUUUUUCUCAUCUCAGCCAACUGUGCAAAUGUCUCUUCCUGUGCUUCUGUAACUAUACUACAACUUGAUUAAACUUAUAUCUUCUAAUGUCUUAGUGAUAAUCAUCAUUCCGUCUCUACUUCCUAAUGGUUCCCAUCUAGGAACCAAGACCUUUUGUCUUAGCCCCAGCUCUCUCCUUUGAUAACGUAAAAGAAAAGGCUGUCCACUAACAACCACAAUACUUACAGGGAUUUUGGUUCAGUUUUCAAAAUACACAAACAUUUUCUUCCAAACCACUUACUUGUAUAUUAGUGAGCAAUGGGUUUUCUCUUUGUUGUUUUUGGAUUAUAAUCAGAUUUAAGUGAUUUAGAAUAACUUACAUUUUUGCCAUGCUUCUAAAUGCAACUCACAUGCAAUACACUUAACCACCUGGCUGUCAUCUCCUUUUUGUUUGACUAAAAGCUUAAAUACCUCAGCCCUAAAUGGUAUAUUUAUGUCACAUCCUUUCUUCUAAGGCUCCAGGAUCGUUGUGGAAGAUGGGGCAGAAAGAGCUGAAGUGGUGAAUGACUACAUAGAAUGUGUCUUCCAGACACAGCAGGGUAGCUGCACAAAUGAUCUCAGAGUAUUUGUGAUAGUAUGCACAAGCCCUGUGCAAGUCCCAGCAAGACCAAAUCCUAGCUCAGAGAAAGGAAGUAAACAAUGAAGAUCCACCCCUAGCCAAGAAACUAUUGAUAAUUGACAGCUGCUGGGAGGUGGAAAGCCAGUUGUAUUUAAGAGCACUGCUUCUGGUAACUCAAUUAUGGGUGAGGGCAAUACCACAGGGGACAGGGGUUGGGUUGCAUCCCUUUUUAGUGGUAGAGAAUUCACUUCCUUAAGUAAGAUAAACCCUUAAGAAUCUGAGGGUUAAAAGUUCUCUGGCUCAGUAGGGUUCACGUACACAGCUCCAUGACAACUUACAAGAUCCCAUUCCUUACCAUUCAGUGUCCUUGCUUUAACCACGGACAUUCUCUGAGGCUGAAAUUUGAAUUUUCAUUGUAACUAAGCCAAUCUUAUAGUGGGGGCUCUAAGUUCUAUUUUUGAAACUUGAGCUUUCUGGCUGCUGGAGAGAAGAUUCUCUUCCAGGGAACACUUAGAAGCCUUUAAACAGUUUAUAUACCCAGUCAGUUCUAUCACCAAGGUUGUUCUUUUCCUUUGUCACUUUAUCCUGAUAUGCCUUGACUUGCUUAAUUUUAUCUAGGAGCUCAUUCUUCCCACUUUUCAGUUUAUCCUUUGAUACUAAGAAGCAACUAACCAGUAUCCUUACUUUCAUCAUCUUUCUAGAAAUUAUCAAUAGCUCUGUAUAGAGUCAUUAAACUUCUUGUUCAUCACUAUAGGUGAAUCAAGAUCAUCUGAUGCAUUUAUCUAAAUAAUUUCACUAAAUAAUUUAUACUAUCGACUAUCAGUGUUUUCUGUGCUUCUAAGAUAGCCUUUGGUAACUGUAGGUGUUUGUGAAUUAGAAAGUCUGUUACAGAUACUUUAAAAAAUCAUCCUUACCGUUGUUUCUCUAGAACUACUCCUAGUAACACAAUCUGUACUAGUGAGAGUUCUCUAAAGGAACAGGAUAGAUGGAUAGAUGGAUGGAAAGAAAGAAAGAAAGAGAGAGAGAGAGAGAGAGAGAGAGAGAGAGAGAGAGAGAGAGAGAGAGAGAGGGAAGGAAGGGAGAGAGAGAGAGAGAUGAUAGGCAAAUAGAUGGAUGAUAGCUAUGAAGCCAAGACCUCUUGGGUUGGAGUUGGAAGAAGCAGAUCUAUCUGGAGGUCUAGAGAAAGGGAGGCUCCAGGAAGUACCAUGAAACCUGACAAGGCUUGAUGGUGUAGAGAAUGGGAGUCCCACAGGAGUCAGGAGUGGCUGACAACUUGGGGAAGAGAAAUUCACCCUGCCCCCCAACCUAUCCCACCCUACUCCACUACACAUAACCCCACCUUACCCUACCAUACCACACUCUAUCCCACCACACCCAAACCCACUCCAAGAGAAUAAUUUUCACUCUCUGGAUAUUCUUUUAUAUGCAAUACAGAUAUUCUGAACUAUUGAUUAUUCUGGAAAAUAAAUAGAAGCCUCAAGCCUUGGAAGACUCAGUACUGCUUCCUCAUGCAGCCUGGACUGAAUGACUCAGCUCCCAGGAGAAUGGCAAGGCGAUAUUUGGCUUAUUUCUGGGUCCAUGUGUGGUGAUAUUUUCAGAAAUGUUUUUAGUAUUAUACCAAUGUGAUGUUGUACCUCACUGGGAAUUUCAAUAUGUUCCCUACUAUCUAAUGACCCAGAUCUUUGAGUCUUGAUAACAGGAACAAUAUGGUAUGAGUUGGUCCUUCAUCACCUUUUCAACAUAUUACCCACAAUCAUCUUGCUUGUACUCCAUUUUCCAGCCAGUGAGCACUUUAGCAUUUAGUCAUCUUGUUUAAAACAGAUUGCAGAUGUAGGCAAGCCUGAGCUCUAGCCCUCACUCUGCUACCUGUUGACUAUUUGUCUUUAGACAAGUGAUUGAAUGAAUCAUGAGCUGUAACUUCAUCUGUAAUGAUAGAACACCUACUUCAGAGAGGUUUAUGUGCAUUAUAUAUAAGUCAUGAAGAACUUGGAAAACAACAGGGUUUUGGUUGUUUUUUUUUUAACAUAGUUAAAGAACUUAUAGAGUUUCAAAGACAUUGUGUGUCCCCUGCAGCAGAUUUUCCCAUUCUUGGUAAGUUGAAAACCUACUUAUGCUCUUGCUGUCUAGUUCCCUGUAAGGUGUACACACUCUUCUGAAUACUGGUUACAUUAUGUCUUUAUCUGUUCUUAAUGCUUAGUCACUCUUGUAUGUCUUCGUUUUAUCUUCUUUGCCUCUGAGGACAGAGCUAUUAUCUGAUUAUUCCAUACACACAGCAAAUGUUACCUUGGUUUUAACGCCCUUCACAACAGGGAAGGACAUAGUGUUUGGUGUUUUGUUUUGUUUUUAUGUCACUAUGGCAUCCAGUAGCUGAUUGACCGCCGCUGGCCCUUAGAUUCAGAUACUUUCUUUCUCUUACACGUUUCCUUUCUUUUCUUUCCUUUUCUUUUCUUUUUGUUUCUUUCCUUUCUUCCUUCUUUCAUUUUUCUUUGUUUGGCUUUUUAAAAAGUCUCUAGUGCAGGUUGUCCUUGAACUCCCUGUACUGCUGAGCUUGGCUUUGAACUUCUGACCCUCCUGCCCCCUCUACCUUCCCAGUGCUAGAAUUAGAGGCACAUACCACCACAUCCAAUUUACACAGUGCCUGUGAUUGAACCCAGGGCUAAUUUCCCAGUCCAUAAAUUUGAAUUUUGCCCUCAUUUUUAAAAAGAUAACAAGGGAUAAAUGUCUCCAGGGUGCCAGAGUUCUUAGUGCAUAGCCCAGAGGGGCUGAGCUUUGAACUGUGGGGUCUGUAUUCCCCUGUUCUUCCUACUCUGACUUUCAAGACUUAACAAUGUGCUUUAAAUGAAUCCUCCUAAGGGGCUGCUUCAUGACAUGGAAAGUCACAUGCGAAGUAGCCUUUUGAAACUCUUCCUGAAAAUAUCUUUCUUGUGAACGUUAGAACCUGAUUCAAAUGUACAAAACCCCCAAAAUAGUGUCUAGAGAAAAAAAAUGUAGACUAUUAAUAUCAGCCACGUUUAGAAGUGUCCAACCUCUCACAUGUUCACCAAAACAAAAAGAAGACAUUUUCUCUAUAAUACUUCAUCCUCUGUUUUUUUUCCCCUGAAAUGAAAAAAAAAAAAAACAUCAAAAUUGUGGAAACACACACACACACUUGGGGGGGGGGCGCGAUUCUUGCUUUCCACAGGAAAUAAUAAAUGGAAAACUUCCAUCAUGGGAUGCUGGAGGGAAAGUGACUGACAGCUACGCCCAGUGGCUCCAUUUGGAAUGAGCUAUGCUUUUAGGUGGGGCGGAGGCAAUCACACUGAAAUUGUGGUGAAGUGAGCUCUUACUCUUCAAUAUGAAAACGGAGAGUUGAUAGGCUAACAGCACCUUCGCUUGAGGUACAUGGUGCUUUAAUGGCACUACAUUGUGUUUAAGAGCAAAGCAUGGUGAACAAUAUGCAUUUUAUUGGUACUUAAUCUCUUAUUGUGGUGGUGCUCACCCAUUAAAAUGAAGGCCAGAGGUUAGUUGAAGGAUUUUAUAUAUACAGGAUUUUCUCCCCUGAAAAAUCAGACAACUCCAAAUGCAAAAUUCCUGCUGUCAUUUUAAGAAACCAAUGUGGUAGUGAGAAUUAGGAAUGUCCCCCACAGGCCAUAGGCUCGGGCAUUGGAACACAUGAUCCCCACUUGAGGGUGCUCUUGGGGGAGUUUUAAGAGGUAUGGUUUUGCUGAAGGAAGUAUUCACUGGGGCAGGCUUUGAGAAUAUAUAACCUCUAUUUUGAGUUCACUCUCUGUGCUUCAUGCUUGCCGUUAAUGGUGUGAUCUCUAAGCUCUAUGCUCUGGCUGCCUGCUGCCUGCUGCCUGCUGCCUGCUGCCUGCUGUCAUGCUGUCAUGCUGUCAUGCUGUCAUGCUGUCAUGCUGUCCUGCUAUCAUACCCUCUGAGCUUCUGGAACUAUAAGCCAAAAUAAACUCUGUUUUUGGAUAAAUUGCCCUGGGCAUGGCAUUUUAUCACAGCAACUAAACAGAAGUUAAGACCAGAGAGUGGACUCUUGUCUCAGAGAACCUGAUCCUGAUGUUUGGUGUAGGAAUGUGAAAGAUUUGGAAUUUUGGCCUAGGAAAGCAGUGGGAUGCUAUAAGCAGAGCUUAAAGGGCUAUUUUAGUAGGAGCCUGUAAGACAGUAAUGCUCAGGGCAAUGUGGAAGAUGCAAGCUGGGCUCAGGAGCUCUCAGAGAGAAACAAUAUGACUGUGUUAGCUGGAGGCCAUACCAUUCCUGUGAUAUGUUUGACAAAAGAAUCUGGCUGACUUCUGCCCUUACCCUAAGAACAUGAUUGAGGCUAAGUUUAAAAGAAAUUGACAAAGGAAGUUUCAAGACUGCAUCAUGUUGAAUAUGUGGUGUGUUUGUUGCUGGUAAUGCUUAUCAUUCUUCAUUUAAAACAACACAAUUUGGUUUCUUAAAAUAAGAGCACACAUCUUGCAUUUGAAUUUAUUUGAGCACUAAGAAAGAAAACAAACACAUAUAUAAAAUUCUUCAAAUAUUAAAAAAAGAACAAAAGGAAAUAGAAAAUGUAAGACUGAAGAGAAAAGGAACACAGGUGAGCUUCACGUUGCAGGCAAGGCCUGUGCUGGAAGACAGGCUAUGAUUGUUGAAGUGACGAGUGCUGUUAAGGAGGAGCCUUCUUCAUACUGAAACAAUACAAAUGCUGCCUAGAGGCCACACACCACCCAUCUCAGCCUCACACUUACAAAAGGUCCUAAAGGGUUAUUAGAAAGCAAUGCCCCAGUACAGGGGAACGCCAGCGCCAAAAAGGGGGAGUGGGUGGGUAGGGGAGUGGGGGUGGGUGGGUAUGGGGGACUUUUGGUAUAGCAUUGGAAAUGUAAAUGAGCUAAAUACCUAAUAAAAAAUGGGAAAAAAAAAGAAAGCAAUAACAAAGUCUCCUGCAAACGUGAUCCAAAGUGGCUUGGGGAUGUCCCAAGCUAGUGGCUAAACUUGGCAGUGUCGUCCAUCUACUUCUGCCUUUAGAGGCAUGGAGGAUACAAACAUGAAGGAGUUGUGGAGUCCCCUUUUGUAGUUUCAGACAGUCACUGAGGCAAGCUGUGAAACUGAAGCCUGGGUAGUGGUGGAGCCUGCAAGACGUUGGAGCUGAGAGAGCUGUGAGACCUCUGACAAGAUCUGUAUACAGUUAAAACUUUCUUCAACACUUAAGUAAUUAAAGCCACCAGUUCUCCCAGUCCACUACAGCAAGGGAAACACACUUCUUUGUGAUGGGACAUAAGGAACGCCAUGCCUUGUACAGGGUGACUGCCUCCUGUUCUGCGUGAAUAGCUAACUCGGAGUUGAGUAGUGUGCAAUCUGUAUGACGAUAUGCAGUAGAGUUGUCACAGCUGCUUCAACUGAUUGAGACAGCUCCAGUUACUUCUCAUUUCCAUUCAGUCACCUUCUACACUAUUCCCACACAAGAUACUGGACAUACAUGGCCCCUCACUGUGUUGGAAGUAUUCUAAAUGCCCAAGACUGCUGAACAGCUUGUGGCCAUAAUACAGAGUAUAAGAGAGUCCCCAGAUCAAGCCCACCUCAACUGUCCCAUAGGGUCCAAUCAUUUGCUUGGCCUACCCUGUCCCAUCUUUUUUUCCUGAAGACCACAACCAUGGAAACCUGACAUUUCCUAGCACUUUUCCCUAGAAGUCAGUUUUUGUUUCUCCUUAGAGCGGACUACAAGAAGAAGAUACAUUCUUUGAAAUUAAAGAGCAAAUUAUCCUCCCUUCCUCCUGGGAAACAUGUGGUAUAAUAUUGCUAAUAAGAUUCUGCAACUUUUAAUAGAGCUUUUAAAAGCAUCUGAUAUCUUACUUCAGUGGACUCUGGGGGCAGAUAGUUGAUCUUCAGUGAAGCCAAGAUAAGGUAGGAAGAUGUUCAUGAAUCCAGGGUUUUGUAGAGAAGAGAGAAAGUCAGUGCAGAAGGAAGUGUUGAGAAGACCACAGCCUCCAUGCUCAUGUCUUAUUUGGGGCGAGGAGGGGCUUUUACUCUGUUUUCUUCACAUUGGGUCAGCCACAUUUCCUCUUUGACUUGACCUCCUGAUGUGCCUUAACUCAGCUGAUUAAGGGGCACAGGCAAUUUUAUAAACACAAAAGUCAUUAAUCUCUAUAUUGUUCUCUAGGAACCCCAAGAGCUCUGUAAUGUCUGGUUUCCCUUCUCUACCUCCCACAUGUGGGCUUCCCUUACUUCCUCUUUUCUGGACACUCCCAAGUCUGGUCAUUUAUCAUUAAUUUUUUUCAGUUGUAUUAAAACGAACAAAAGUAUUGGCUAGUUCCUUGGCUUCACACAACUUUUUAUUUCGGCUUACUCCCAGGUUCAAUAUUCUCUGGCUAAAAUAAUUUUUAAGUUAAGCAGAAUAGAAAAAUCUCUGAUUUUGUUAUUCUUGAGCCAGCCCUUACUCUUGAAUUACAGGCUUGCUAAAUACAUAGUUCUAGACUAUCUGUGGUGUUUUCCCUUUGAAUACAUUAUUGCAUUAUCUUCCGAAGUGCUUUACUGCUGUGUGAAGAUGAGCUUCUAACGGCUGUUACAUUUUAGGUAAUGCUUCAGUGCUUCUUCUCCUUCAGUGAUGUACAGAGGUCGUGGUUGUGUUCUUCUGAUUCACUACACUGUGUUUAUGUGAAGAUGUACUUAAGCUUUCCUAGCUGGGACUCACUGUGCUGCCUCAGUCUUAUGACUUAUACUGUUCCUCACAUUUGGAAAUAGCUAGAGUAUCUUCUCUUAACCAUUACCCAUCUUCCAUUUAUCCCGUUUCUGAACAAACCAUUAGUGUUCUUCUACAUUAUCGUUCUUUCCCCAUGUUUUUUUUAAUGUAUGUUUCAGAUCAUUAGACAGAGUGCUACACUCUUGUUUCUCUCCUACUCCGUUUUCACAGACAAGUCUCUGACAUCUAGACUUUCAGCAUUCACUGACCAGAUGUUUAGGGGUCAGAGUCCUUUCUUCUAUCAUAUCUAUAUUUUUUCUCCAAAGUCCUUUAUCUCUCUUUCUCCUUCAUCCUUUACCCCUCUGGACAUUUUAAUGAGACGCUCUUACUAGAAAUGUUUUCCUAGCUUGUUAUUACUUUUAUGUCAUGAGGUUCAAAGUCUCUGAUUUCUUUGUCUUACUGUGAAGUCCAUGGUCAGGUGAAGUAGUGUGCUAUGUCAGAAAUAUAGCUAUCCCUCAAGGUGGAGGCUAUAUUUGCAUAUUUCUACAAUAUCAGGGUUUGCUAAUUAACUAAUUCACAGUUUAUGAAUAUAUGUCAAGUUUUUUUUUUCUGCAAUUUUCCAAGGAGUUCUGAUAUUUUCUCAUAGCUGGCCAUUGGCAAACACAAGAUCUUUUAUCCCAAUUUUAAUUGCUAAUCAGCUCAUACACUACAUAUAACACAGUGAUUAUAUCUCCUUAUAUGGACAUAUGGACAUUACAGAAUGGCAACAAAAGAGAUGAUGAGACCACAGCAGAGAUUAUAGAAACCUUGUGGAAACAGACAUAGAGCAACAGAAGUACAAGGAGAAUCACUCUAGGGGCUAGCCAAGAUGUUCACAACCCAGCUGGAAUCAGAGCCUGGCUGCAGGGGAUGCAGAGGGGCAAAUCAAACUGAAGAGUUGAAUGCAGGAGCAGCUCUUGUCAGAGGACCUGAUGGACAGGCAGAUGGUAACUCCAAUCAGCUGAAUUACAGUGGUAUACUAGCCUGAGGCUGCAGCCCAGAGGACAGUUGGUAAAGUCCUUUCCAUGUUCAUCUCUUAACAUACUAGGUAUUUAGAUGACAAGUCAGGUAGAGCUAUGGCCACCAUGUUGUUAAAUGUCCUCUUCUUCAAAGGUGUCUAUGUGAUAGAGUGGUCCCCUUGCUUGGUCUACUGUGUUAAAUACGUUUAGAGACUGCUUUAUCUGAUACAGUUUUACUAUAACCAUCUAUUCAUACUUUGAUAAAUGUAUAGGUGGUGGCAUUUUACCUUUAGGAGUAAGUUAUUUAUCAGUGCCUGUAGCUAGUGUUAGACAGGUGUCUACGUGCAUAACAAAGUACAGAAUCUUCUCCACUUGCACUCAAAAACGGAACCAAAUGCUGCUAUCAGAUGGAAUUACCUUGGACAAGACACAGUCUGAAGACACUAUUUUACAGAGUAUGGAGUAACUGAGAGCAGGAAACAAACUGAUCUUAAUACAGGACAAUUGUACUGUCCAGAGAGACCAUUUCAUUUUCUCUUCUGAAACCCAUGGGAAUUACUACUCCAUGUCAAAUAUUUAUGUUGAUUUUCAACAGGCUGUGCAAAUGUGUCUGUCCGUCUCAGUGUGGUAUUGAUUAUGACUCUUUCUUGGUAGCUUGGGCCUAGGACACAUCUUUGAGGAGAGCUCCAAGAUUCUUGGCCUUCUUAGAACUUCUGUUUCAGUGGCUGAUGGGCAGCUUGUGGCUUCUUUUCUCUAAUGCUUCUGACUUUGAUUUCCAGUGGGAAACCUGGGGUCUGAUUUCAUUUCCCUUCAAGAAAACCCGGAGCCCUGGAUGUGAAGCUCUGCUCAGCUUUGACCUGCUGCGACUUGCCCUUGGCUUCACCAAGUUGCUUUAGCGUUUAGCUGUUUUUCAUCCCUGGAAUCUCUGAAUUGAUGCGCAUACACGUGGUGGUUCAUUAUGCUGCUGCACCUGUGUAGUGUGAAGAAUCUGUACCAGAACAGGUUUUUAGGCCUGGCUGCCAUGGCGUCUCCAUCUAGAAACUCCCAGAGCCGACGCCGGUGCAAAGAACCCCUCCGGUACAGCUAUAACCCAGACCAAUUCCACAACAUAGACAUCAGAAAUGGUGCCCAUGAUGCUAUCACCAUCCCUCGCUCCACCAGUGACACUGACCUGGUCACUUCAGACAGCCGCUCUACACUCAUGGUCAGCAGUUCCUACUAUUCGAUAGGGCACUCCCAGGAUUUGGUGAUCCACUGGGACAUCAAGGAAGAAGUGGAUGCUGGAGACUGGAUUGGCAUGUACCUUAUUGGUGAAGUCUCAUCUGAAAACUUUCUGGAUUAUAAGAACCGUGGAGUCAAUGGUUCUCACAGAGGCCAGAUCAUCUGGAAGAUUGAUGCCAGCUCUUACUUUGUGGAAUCUGAAACUAAGAUCUGCUUCAAAUACUACCACGGAGUAAGUGGGGCCCUGCGAGCUACAACCCCCAGUGUCACUGUCAAGAACUCAGCAGCCCCUAUUUUUAAAGGUAUUGGCUCUGAAGAGACUGCACAAAGUCAAGGAAGCCGGAGGCUGAUCAGCUUCUCCCUCUCAGAUUUCCAGGCCAUGGGAUUGAAGAAAGGGAUGUUUUUCAACCCCGACCCUUAUCUGAAGAUUUCCAUUCAACCUGGGAAACAUAGCAUCUUCCCAGCCCUCCCUCAUCAUGGACAGGAAAGGAGAUCCACGAUCAUAGGCAACACUGUAAACCCCAUCUGGCAGGCAGAGCAUUUCAGUUUCGUGUCUCUGCCAACCGAUGUGCUGGAAAUUGAAGUGAAGGACAAGUUUGCCAAGAGUCGUCCCAUCAUCAAGCGUUUCUUGGGAAAGCUGUCAAUGCCUGUUCAGAGGCUGCUGGAGAGACACGCCAUAGGGGAUAGGGUGGUCAGCUACACACUUGGCCGCCGGCUUCCAACUGACCAUGUGAGUGGGCAGCUGCAAUUCCGAUUUGAGAUCACAUCCUCCAUCCAUGCAGAUGAUGAAGAGAUCUCUCUGAGUGCUGAGCCUGAGUCGUCAGCAGAAACGCAGGACAGCAUCAUGAAUAGUAUGGUGGGAAACAGCAAUGGAGAGCCUUCUGGUGAUGCUACAGAAUUCUGCAAGGAUGCGAAGCCAGAGUCACCAAGUGAAGGGAAUGGAGUAAACAGCUCAGAAAACCAAAACCAGGAGCAUGCCGGGCCAGUUGAGGAAGCGGCAGGAGCUAUGGAGGCCAGAGAUGGUAGCAAUGUCUCUGAAGCACCCGAAGAGCCCGGAGAGCUUCAGGACCCAGAGCAACAUGACACCCAGCCCACCCUGAGUGCAGAAGAAGUGGCCGAGGGACUUCCCCUGGAUGAGGAUUCGCCAUCCUCGCUGUUGCCAGAAGAGAAUACAGCUCUAGGCAGCAAGGUAGAAGAGGAAACAGUACCAGAAAAUGGAGCCAGAGAGGAAGAAAUGCAGAAGGGGAAAGAUGAAGAAGAGGAAGAAGAGGACGUUUCUACCCUGGAGCAAGGAGAGCCUGGACUGGAGCUGAGGGUCUCCGUGAGAAAAAAAAGCAGACCAUGUUCCCUACCUGUAUCAGAGCUUGAGACAGUGAUUGCAUCUGCCUGUGGAGAUGCUGAGACCCCGAGAACCCAUUAUAUCCGCAUCCACACCCUGCUGCACAGCAUGCCCUCGGCCCAGAGAGGAAGCACCACGGAGGAGGAAGAUGGCUUGGAGGAGGAAUCCACCCUCAAGGAGUCCUCUGAAAAGGAUGGGCUCAGCGAGGUGGACACAAUAGCUGCUGACCCACAGUCCAUGGAAGAUGGCGAGAGCGAUGGGGCUACUCUGUGCAUGGCACCCUCUGACUGCUCUGGGGGACAUUUCUCCAGUUUAUCCAAAGGCAUUGGUGCUGGCCAAGAUGGCGAAGCUCACCCCAGCACUGGGAGUGAGAGUGACUCCAGCCCCCAGCAGGGAGCAGACCACAGUUGCGAGGGCUGUGAUGCCUCAUGCUGCAGCCCGUCUUGCUAUAGCACAUCUUGCUACAGCAGCUCUUGUUACAGCAGCUCCUGUUACAGCAGCUCCUGCUACAAUGGUAACAAUCGGUUCGCCAGCCACACACGCUUCUCCUCUGUGGACAGCGCCAAGAUCUCUGAGAGCACAGUCUUUUCUUCACAAGAGGAUGAGGAAGAGGAAAACAGUGCAUUCGAGUCGGUACCCGACUCGGUGCAAAGCCCAGAGCUAGAUCCCGAGUCUACAAAUGGGGCUGGCCCUUGGCAGGAUGAACUGGCUGCCCCUGGUGGGAAUGCAGCAAGAAGUACUGAAGGUCUGGAGUCCCCCAUGGCAGGUCCUAGCAAUAGGAGAGAAGGUGAAUGUCCUAUACUCCAUAAUUCCCAGCCAAUAAGCCAACUUCCUUCCUUGAGGCCUGAACAUCAUCACUACCCAACAAUCGAUGAGCCUCUUCCACCAAACUGGGAGGCUCGAAUUGACAGCCAUGGACGGGUCUUUUAUGUGGACCAUAUAAAUCGCACAACCACCUGGCAGCGACCAUCGAUGGCCCCUACCCCCGAUGGAAUGAUCAGAUCCGGGUCUGUCCACCAGAUGGAGCAGCUUAACAGAAGGUAUCAAAACAUCCAGAGGACCAUGGCAACAGAGAGAGCUGAAGAAGAUUCUGGCAAUCAAAACUCUGAGCAAAUACCAGACGGAGGAGGAGGAGGUGGUGGUGGGAGUGACUCGGAAGCAGAAUCAUCCCAAUCAAGCUUAGAUCUGAGGAGAGAAGGGUCACUUUCUCCUGUCAACUCACAGAAGGUCACCUUGCUGCUGCAGUCUCCAGCGGUCAAGUUCAUCACCAAUCCUGAGUUCUUCACUGUGUUGCAUGCCAAUUAUAGUGCCUACAGGGUUUUCACAAGCAGCACUUGCCUGAAGCAUAUGAUUUUAAAAGUCCGAAGAGAUGCUCGAAAUUUUGAGCGCUAUCAGCACAACCGGGACCUGGUGAAUUUCAUCAACAUGUUUGCAGAUACUCGGCUGGAACUGCCCCGGGGUUGGGAGAUCAAAACUGAUCAUCAGGGAAAGUCUUUCUUCGUGGACCACAACAGUCGAGCUACUACUUUCAUAGAUCCCCGAAUCCCUCUUCAGAAUGGCCGUCUUCCCAAUCAUCUAACCCACCGACAGCACCUCCAGAGGCUCCGGAGUUACAGUGCUGGGGAGGCCUCAGAAGUCUCUAGAAACAGAGGAGCAUCUUUGCUGGCCAGACCAGGACACAGCCUAAUAGCUGCUAUUCGAAGCCAACAUCAACAUGAAUCCUUGCCACUGGCAUACAAUGACAAGAUUGUGGCAUUUCUUCGCCAGCCAAACAUUUUUGAAAUGCUACAAGAACGUCAGCCAAGCUUGGCAAGAAACCACACACUCAGGGAGAAAAUCCAUUAUAUUCGGACAGAGGGCAAUCAUGGGCUUGAUAAAUUGUCCUGUGAUGCAGAUCUAGUCAUUUUGCUGAGUCUCUUUGAAGAAGAGAUCAUGUCCUAUGUUCCCCUGCAAUCUGCCUUCCACCCUGGAUAUAGCUUCUCUCCCCGCUGUUCACCCUGUUCCUCACCUCAGAACUCCCCAGGUUUACAGAGAGCCAGCGCAAGAGCCCCUUCACCAUACCGAAGGGAUUUUGAAGCUAAGCUCCGCAAUUUCUACCGAAAACUGGAAGCCAAAGGAUUUGGACAGGGUCCGGGUAAAAUUAAGCUCAUCAUCCGUCGAGACCACUUGUUGGAGGGGACCUUCAAUCAAGUGAUGGCAUACUCAAGGAAGGAGCUCCAGAGAAACAAGCUCUACAUCACCUUUGUUGGAGAGGAGGGGCUGGACUACAGUGGCCCUUCUCGAGAGUUCUUCUUCCUGUUGUCUCAGGAGCUCUUCAACCCUUACUAUGGACUCUUUGAGUAUUCUGCAAAUGACACAUACACAGUACAGAUCAGCCCCAUGUCAGCAUUUGUAGAAAACUAUCUUGAAUGGUUUAGAUUCAGUGGUCGUAUCCUGGGCCUAGCUCUGAUCCAUCAGUACCUCCUGGACGCUUUCUUCACAAGACCCUUCUAUAAGGGACUCCUGAAGCUGCCAUGUGAUCUGAGUGACCUAGAAUAUUUGGAUGAGGAAUUCCACCAGAGUUUACAGUGGAUGAAGGACAACAACAUCACAGACAUUCUAGAUCUCACCUUCACUGUUAAUGAAGAAGUUUUUGGACAGGUAACAGAAAGAGAGUUGAAGUCUGGAGGCGCCAACACGCAGGUGACUGAGAAAAACAAGAAGGAAUACAUAGAGAGGAUGGUGAAGUGGCGUGUGGAGCGUGGUGUGGUACAGCAGACGGAGGCAUUGCUCAGGGGUUUCUAUGAGGUUGUAGACUCAAGGCUCGUCUCAGUGUUUGAUGCGAGGGAACUGGAGCUGGUGAUCGCUGGAACUGCUGAAAUCGACCUGAAUGACUGGAGGAAUAACACAGAGUACCGGGGAGGUUAUCACGAUGGCCACCUUGUGAUCCGCUGGUUCUGGGCUGCAGUGGAACGCUUCAAUAAUGAGCAGAGAUUGCGAUUACUUCAGUUUGUGACAGGAACAUCAAGUGUGCCCUAUGAAGGCUUUGCAGCUCUGCGGGGAAGCAAUGGGCUUCGACGUUUCUGCAUAGAAAAGUGGGGGAAGAUUACAUCUCUUCCCAGGGCACAUACGUGCUUCAACCGAUUGGAUCUCCCACCAUACCCUUCAUAUUCCAUGUUGUAUGAAAAGCUGUUAACAGCAGUAGAAGAAACCAGCACCUUUGGACUUGAGUGAAGACGUGGAGCCUUGCCUGGCAUUGUCCUGAACAGUGACACCACCCUCUCUGGGAUGACUUACUCCCUCCUUUGACUUUGGUAUUCCAUGAUUUUUAUUUCAAAGCAAAUUAGAAUUGGCAAAAGCUGUGCAUGAAGAAUUGCCUUCUUCUAAGAUCUAAUCUUCAGGCUUAUCUCCUCUGUUUCCAAUGAACUGCUAGCCUGUAUGCAAUACUACAAAACAGCUGUCUCAAGGUCUGUGUAUACUUCCACAUACCUCCAUUCCUAACAAUGAAAUAUGAGUGCAAGUUAUGCUACACUUGACGAAAUGGUAAUAAAUGUUUACUUCCAUUUCUAUCAUUUAAAGAUAAUUUGAGCUGUAAGCAUUCCAUGCUUUUAAAUGCCCAUGUCUUCCAAACAGAACCUCCAUUUUUCCUAAUUUCUAGCAACUAUUUCCAGACCUGGGAGCUGACUAAUUUUUUCCUUUCUAUCUCUACAUUUCCUAUUCAUUCUAUCCAAAUGGACAGCCAAGGCCACACAGAAACGUUUUCUUCAUUCAACUCAUGAUUCAUAGUGGUAUCAGCCCCAUCAGCCAGAACUAACCUAGACAUAUGGUGCAAAUAUGAAACUUCCAGCAAUUAACAACAGCAAGAAGGAAAAGGUUAUCAGUAAAUCCAAGGGUUAUAUGGACUAUGAAAUCAACUUGAGUUCAGAAAAGUGAGGUGGGGGAUCUGCCCUGGUGAACCCUCACCACCCAAGAAGCACAAACUUGUGUACCAUGUUCAAGGAGCAAAUCCUAAUUGCUGUAGAUUGAAGGAUGAGCCUUUACCUCUAAUUUUGUCACCAUAAAAAGUGAUAAGGCAAACAGGAAAAAGGACAGGACAUAUGACAUUUAUUCCAAUCGAUGAAUUUUGUUUAAUCUAUUCUCACGCACACAUAGUCCAAAUAAAUCUCAUGGCUUUUGUUGCAGCCAAGUUUAUUUACGUGAUAGGCCAAACUUUUGCUUCUUUUUAGCUUUGAUACUUUUCUCAUUCUUUUUUUUUUCCUUUCCUUUCCUUUUUUUAAAUCAUGGUGUUCAAAUUCUGUCACAUCUGAUGUUCACAGACACCACAUACAAAGCUGCAGAGCACGAUGGUGCUUGUUAAGGAUCACGGGCAAUAUAAACUUUUCCUUCAUCCUUAGUGAUUCUUCAAAGGCACGCUGACUUGUGUCCACAAAAAAAAAAUCCAUUUUUUUAAAGCAUUCAGCAAAAUAUUUAAGAAAAUGUGUUUUUAGAAAAACAAUCACAGGCUCCACAGACAGCCUGGCAUCUUAAGUACAUUUGAGAUAAAUUUAACCAUAAUGGUCAUUUGCUAUUUUUUGUAACCAUGUUAUCCAUGUUGUCUGAAAUACGACAUAAAUGAAAGUGGUUUUUCUUCACUGGGAAAAAAAAAAGCUAAAGAGACCCAACUAUUUAAAUAUUCAUUGUUGUAGUCAACAUAUUAAAAUAAAAGAACAAGUCUGAGAAUGUAAAGCUAACUUAGGAUGAAGCCAUGCCUCGUGGCUCAGUACAGCAGUGUGUUUUGUUCCUGCACAUUAAAAUAUUUUCUUAGUAAAAAUUAUUCACAAUGCCAAGACACUCUGUGUUCCUGUGUUUCUUUGUUAAGCAAGAAGUAUAUAUGAUACAAACUUAGUUUUCUAUUGCUAUCAAAAAUAAGUUUUACUAAAAAAUGGGAUGUACAUUGUAUGAAACACAGCUUGAGGGGUAAGAUUUGGCCCAUAUUUCAGAAUCUGAAAAAUAAGUCCAAUGGCGCUGUUAUUUACUAAUGAACUCGGAACAAAAGCACUGCUAAAGUCAUUUUCACUAAAUCUUUAACUCCUAGAAUAGCAUAUUUAGAAUUCAUCUUAUACAUACAUAAAAACCUCACAAAAAAAUUCAACCAUUCAAGUUUUUUACCACUGACUUGCCAUACAUUGAAAAGGAGAAUGUUGUUCAAAUGUAGGAAGCUGCUCCUGAAGAGCUUUACAAUUUGCAGAAAUGAGACAAUCUAUUAAAUAGAUUAAUAUAUAGUCUACCAACAUACAGAAGGAAGAAAUUUUCUUAGAAAUGACAUGUGAAUAAGAAACUCAGAUAAAUGCAUUUUUAAAUUAAUUUUUAGUUAUACCUCUACCCUUAUGCAAGGUUCUACACAAAUCCCAAGAGCAAUAGCAUUUCUAACAUACUCGUUUUAAUUAUUUGAAGUUAUUGCGAUGUAUUUCAAUCAUAUUCACCUAACACUCUUCUCCCUAACUCCUUGUUCAUUCACUCCCCAAUAUUCCAUUCCUUCUCAGUGUCAUGUCAUUUUUUAAUGACCCAUUGAGUCCAAUUUGUGCUGUUUGUCCAUAUCUUAAAUUAGUAUGAGGUCAUCCCCUGGAAGAUAUAAAUGUAUCAUUUUGUGUGUGUGUGUGUGUGUGUACAUACACAUAUACAUAUUUGAUUGUCAUAGCCGGCCGCAGUGGUGCACCUUUAUGGCAUUAAAAUGCCUUUAAUCCCAGCACUUGGAAGGCAGAGGCAGGCAGCGCUCUGUGAGUUCAAUGCCAAUCUGGUCAACAGAGCAAAUUCCAGAUCAUCCAGAGUUACCUAGUAAGACUCUAAAAAAAAAAAAAAAAAAGACAAAAGGAAAGAAAGAAAACUGACUCUUAGCAGCUAUCGGCUGUCAAUAGCUCCUCAGAUAGGGCUGGGGACUUGUGAACCCCUCUUUAUAUACUAAUAGUAUUCUAGAAAAAUUAAAAAUGUCAUUUAUACUGACACCAAAGUUGCUGAGAGAAUGUAAAGCUUGCUUUGCAGAGCCCAACACGUGACUUCAGCCUUUCAUGGAAGAAGGGAAAACAAAGGGGAGAGGAGCUCAAAAGCCAGUCAUGGAUAGACACGUCCCACUUCAUCCAUGAGAACAUUGAAAUUAUGUCUAAUUCAUUAUAUAUGCAUAUGGACAUAUAACUAUAUAUGUUUAUAUGUAUAUGUGUAUACAUUUACAUGUAAGGAAAAUGCUGUAGAAAUAGUUUUUUAUUGAUUUCAAUGGUUGGAGAUAAAUCACCUCAAAUCAUAUAAUUCUUUGGGUAACACAGAUUUUUUUUUUGUGACCAUAUGUUAUUCUUUGAAUUUUUUUCUCCAUAAAGUUAAUUAGAAAUUUAUUACCUGUAAGUCAUAACCUCCCUAAAACAAGAUUUUUUUAUAUCUAGUUUUAUGAGUAUAAUACAAUACCUUUUGGGAGAAGACAAAAAUAUUUAAAAGAUUUAAAAAAGUAUGUUAUAAUUUGAAAAAGACAAUAAGGUGUUAUAAUUUUAUAGAUAAUACAAACAUAUUAUUCAAUAACAUGAAGAUGACAAUCUUCCCAAUAGAAACUGAGUCAUCAAGAUCAGAAGUACUCUAGAAUACUGAGUUCUCUGUGACAUCCCGUGUAUAUGAGUUCGAGAACACCCUGAUGGUUUACUACCAUCAUUAUUAUAGCACAAACACUUCAGGAAAGGUAAUGAAAAUAUUCAAAUGCUUAAUGAGAUUUUGGCAAGCUUUCAUUAUGAAAGAUUUAAAUGCUUUUCCUGUUAAUAAUGAAGCUAUAUCAUUCAACAGUAAGAAUAUUUGUAUGGCAAGCCAGUGAGCUGAGUUUCCCACAAAAUGUCUAACAAUAUUCAGUUUCAUCAAUAGUUCAUGUAUCAAGCCACAUGUCUGAAAUUUGGGUUCAGAAAAUUUCUUAAGUUGCCACAAAUGUUUUCCCAGUCAAGAUGAAACACUUUCAAAUGAAAGUAGUUAGAACUUUACAUAACAAAAUGUGGUGCUUUAUUAUUAUUGUUGUCGUCGUUGUUAUGAUUAUUAUUAUUAUUACAAUUAUGUCUAACAGUGUUCAUCACUAAAACUGCAAUACUGUAUCAUAAAUGUGCAGGAUGACUAUUCCAGCCAUCACAAGGUCCAAAAGAGAAAGUGUUAUUUUCCUGUUAAUGACAUGUAGUCCCUUUGUUCUAGUAGCUAAAAGGUGCCUAGAGGUAGUAUAUAGAGUAAAUAUUGUUCCGUUAGUCUAUUUCCUGCAGCUUCCAUUAUCUAAGGAAAUGUCCAUAAGAUUUUGUUUACAAGUCUUUGUUCUAGUCAAUAACAGGAGACGUCAUAUUACUGGGCUGAUUUUGCUUACAUCUACAAAAGAAAUGUUAUGUGAUACUCAGGCCUCGCUUUCUCUUACAUCAUACAUCUUCAAGGAAUGUCAAUAAACUCACUUUGGUAUGGCA